AUGACCCACGUCAAGGAUAUCCUCACUGCGCUCAACCUCAGCCGCCUAGCUGACACGGAACAUGUUGCCUCCUUCCAUGGUUCGGUACACCACUUUGACGUGCCGUAUGUCGUGUUGGUGGGCACGCCCAGCGUCGAGGUCAUUGCGCACAUUGCGGCCGCCAACCCCCAGACCGGGAUCGGGCUGAUCGUGCCCCUCAAGGCUGGGCGGGAAGAGGAACACCGUGCCGCUGUGUCGGGCGUGUUCUCCGAGACAGCACACAAGAUCAUCGACGCGAGUGAGGUCGUAUACCUCGGACCCAAGGUGUCGUCGGCUGCGGCAUUCAAGGUCAUCGAGGAGGCGAUGUGGGGUACAAACACAAUGAUCGCCAGGGAGACGUAUAUUCUCGCUGCGAAGAACGGGGUUGACCUUAACCUGCUGUACGGCGCGCUCGCUAACGGCGCCGCCGGCUCUCAGGCAUUCCGUGAUCUCUGGCCACAUCUGCUCGUUGGCAACACAUUCAAGGCCGACGCACAGCUCGCAACGGCCCACGAAGCACUGGAAGCCGGACUGGAACUCGCUGGCAACGAGGUGUUCUACGCGCCGCUCAUGGGGCUGGCCAAACAGGAGGCCGUCACGCCCAUGGGCAAUGUGCGGCCGGCAGUCGAGAGCAACAUCAAGCUCGAGGACAUUACGUCGGUGGAGCCGAGCAAGGUCGGCUUUGUGGGCCUCGGCGCGAUGGGCAGGCCGAUGUCUCUUGUCCUCCACAAUGCGGGCCUUAACGUCAUCGGCUACGACGUCUGGGACGGCGCGAGAGAGGCAUAUGGCAAGGCUGGAGGAAAGGUGGCAGAGACCGUCCUCGACUGCGCCGAGGGGAGCGACGUCUUCCUCCUCAUCGUCGUCAACGCCGCACAAGUCGAGGACAUUCUCUUCGCACAGGGCGCUCUGACUGCUCUUGCACAGGACGCCACAGUCCUGGUCAUGGCGACCGUGCCAUCCUCCGAGAUCCGGAGGUUGUCUGAGCGCAUCGCCAGGAUACGGUCCGACGUAUCCCUUGUCGACUGCCCUGUAUCCGGUGCGACGCCACGCGCUGCCACAGGCGACCUGAUGGUCUUCUGCGGCGGGCUCGACGAGUCGCUGUCCAAGGGCAAGGCGUACCGCGUGCUCCGCCUCCUCUCCUCAUCGCAGGGCAACGAGCACUACCUUGUGCGCGUUCCCGGCGGCGUGGGGAGGGGCUCGGCAGUCAAGCUCUCGAACCAGCAUCUUGCCGGUACACAUAUAUCAUGCGUUGCCGAGAUUCAGGCACUUGUAGCCAAACUCGGCAUGCGCGGCCGCGACGCACACCACCUGCUCAUGACUGGGCCGGGAUGGUGCUGGGUGCUGGGACACCGCGGGGUCAGCAUGCUGAAUGGUCUGAUCCAGCCGCCGACGUCGGCCGUGACCAUCUUUGUCAAGGACAUGGGGAUUGUCGUGGCCGAGGCGGGAGUGCUGCGGGAGCGCUGCCCGCUGGCGGCGCUCGUGCAGCAACAGUACGUGUUCGCAAAGAGCCUUGGAUGGGGCAACGACGACGACUCGGGACUGGUGAGGGUGUGGAAGUUUGCAGAAAUAGAUGUCGCGAUUGUGGAGUAG